AUGAAUCCCAGUCAGGGGCAGGGACAGAUGCUCCAGCAGGGACAGAUGCAGCCGCAACCGCAGCCGCAGCCGCAGGCCGGUCAGCAACCGCGGCAAACGCCCAUGUACCAGCCGCAGCAGAUCCGGAGCCUACCCAUGCUCAGCGACGAUGAAAAGACAAAGUACGAACAGGGGCUGCGAGGAUUGUGGAAUAAGGCCAACACCUCCCCAUCCGGAAGUCAGGACCAACUGGCAGCGAGACAAAAGAUAAUCGAGUUUUCCCGCAUGCUCAUCGGCAAGAUACAGCAGCGUAGGAGCCAUGCGCAUCUGCAACACCAGCAGCAGCAGCAGCAGCAGCAACAACAAGCUGCUCAGCAGCCAGGUCAGCAGCUGGCCGCUGGCCAGGCACCUGCCAGACCUCCACCCACACAGCAGCAGCAGCAGCAGCAGCAGCAAAUUCCGGCCGUACAGGCUCAGGUUCAGGCUCAGGUUCAAGCUCAAGCCCAAGCCCAAGCCCAGGCUCAAGCCCAAGCCCAGGCCCAGGCCCAGGCCCAGGCUCAAGCUCAACAGCAACCGAAGCAGCAACCGAAGCAAGAACAGCCGGUGGCCAACAGCGGCGCCUCGCAGGGAGGCAACACUGGCACCGGUGCUCCUGGCCAAGGUCAGGGCCUCGUCCAAGCUGGGCCGAAUGGUGCGCCAGCCGUGGCGGCAAGGCCUAAAAUACCCGACGUCAUACUCCAGCACGCCAGCAAGAUGACAUUCCGAACGCCCUCGCAAUGGGCCGACAAGUCACCGGCGGAAAUUGCCAGAUGGGUUGAGGAAAUGAAGGAAAGAUAUGCACGAGCCUUGUUCACCAUGGAGAACAGCAAGGCCAAGGUGGCCGCCAUGGAAAAGUUCUUCAAGGAAAGGGCUCAGGCAGGCAAGCCGCUCAAAGAUGAUGAACUGCGGCAGUACAACAAGCAACGAAACGAGCAUCUCAAAGUCCAUUCGGACGCCCACAAGUGGGUGGAGAACGUCCGUAAGCAGCAGGAGGGCAUUCAAGCCAGUGCCCAGCAGCAGGCCGGGCAGGCCGCUGGAGCUGGUCCGGCAGCCGCCCAGGCUGGCCAGCAAGCGGAUUCGACGCAAUCGGCGGCUGCCAAUGCCGCCCAAGGCAACCAAGGCAAGCCGGUACCUGCGAGCCAAGGCCCCGCAUCGGCGGUCGUGAAUGCCCCCUUGGAAGCAGCCAAGAACCAGCAGAAGCUGGCGGCCAGCAAGGGGGCGUCGGUCAACGGGGCGCCGCCGCAGGCGCAGCCUCGGCCGGCGCUGAACACGGUGCAGCCUUCUCAACAGCAGCAGGGUCAGCCGCAGGCAAUCAAGCCGGAGCAAGGGCGCCCGGCUCCGGUGAACACGGCGCUUGCGUCGUCCAUGAUGCAAGCGCAAGCGCAGUCGCAGACCCCCACAAGCCAAGCUCAGGGUGCUGCAAGAGGUCGGUCGGCGUCGUCCACGCCCGUGACCGCAGCAGGGUCGACCCGGGCACUGAGCCACUCGGCCGCCAUGUCUCUUGCGAACCAACGAGCAUCCGGCACCACGCCAGGAAGUGCACCCGUUCAAGGCCAGCAGCAGAGCGUCGGCACGCCAAACGCGGGAGCGAUGAAUCCUGGACUCGUGCAACAGCAGCAGCAGCAGCAAGGUCAUCCGCACGCGCACCCAACACAGCAGCAGGCAGGAAUCACGGCCAAGAUGCCGAUCCCAAAACAGCUUCCCGAGAAAGCGACGGCCGUUCCUCAGGGCGUGGCCAUGGGUGGCGGCGUCAGCGCAGGACGGCCAACCAUGUCCCAAGGGACGGGCACCCUCGGAGGCGUCAUGAAUCAGCCGCCUGUUGCGCGAGUCCCCGCAUACAACCACUAUGCCGAGGGCGACCAUGUGCUGAGCAAGAAGAAGCUCGACGAGUUGGUCCGGCAGGUGUGCGGCGGGUCCGCUGAAGGUCACGACGGCAACCUGCUGGCGCCCGAAAACAUCUUGCACAUGACCGACUCGUUCGUGGAUAACGUCCUCCACUCGGCAUGCCGCAACGCCAAAGAGCGCGGUUCCAAGGUGCUCGAGAUUCGCGACAUCCAACUCGUUCUCGAGCGAAAGUACAACAUCCGCGUACCCGGAUACUCGUCGGACGAGCUUCGAACGGUGCGCAAGGUACAGCCAUCGGCGGGGUGGAUAGCGAAGAUGAGUGCGGUGCAAGCAGCCAAGGUCAUGCCGGGCAAGGGAGAUGUCUAG